GUUCCUAUCCCAAUAGUCACCGCCAAAUCGAGCCUGAGUUAUUACAAAUAAUCAUGCAGAAUUGGCAACUUGAUAAUUUUGUAUUGGCACAAUUGGAUAAUUUGAAACUUGUUAAAAGUUUAAAGUCUAUACAACCAAGAGCAACUUUGGAAAGUUUGUCAAUUUAUAAUAAAUUUGAGUUUGACGAGCUUUGUUAUUUUAGACAAAUUUAUCAACUUGAAGUUGAAGACACAAUUACCUAUUAUAAUAAUGCUUAUAACAUAGAAUUUUUAUCAAUUACUGAGUCUGUUCAGAGAAAUAUAAAAUACUCAGACCAUAAAAUUAUUGUUCGGCCUCAAGUAAAUCAGUUCAGGCGUAUUCAUAUUGAAGCCAAAAUAUUUGGAUCUGCUAGUACAUCUCAGUAUCUAAAUAAUUCAUUUAUACUUGCAAAAUUUGUGCAAGAAAAUAGUUUAAUAGAUGUAUUUCCGGGUCAA